GCAGGAAAGACACAAAGUAGUCAUUGGGGCAGUCCUGGGGCUAGUGCACCAGACAGUGGGUCCAUUUUUAAAGCAUAGGAUUCUGUUACUCUACCCAGCAGCAUUGGUAGAGAUGCCUCCGGUUUUGCGGGGAGUCCAGCAUUCUUUGCCCCAGUGAAGUUGGUUGCAACCUGGAGCACUGAGGGAUGGGAGAGGGGCAAUAAUCCCUCAAAUAUACAUCGUGUUUUAAGAAUGCACAGCUUAUUUUUCCUCCAGUGAUGGCUUGUACUAUAGAGAUCACUGGUAAAGAAAGACAGCGUCUAUUAACCUGCAUUGCAAAGAUGCAGCUACAAAAGGAGGGUGACAUUUCAAUGAAGACAAACAGUGAAAAAGGUAACUUCACUUAUUGCCCAGCAGCAGGUUUAGCAGUAGGAAAUGAAUGCUCGGAGUUUGCUGGCUGGGCAUUUCCAUUUCCAGGAGUGUUCUUGCUGGAGGAGUUUAUAAACCAAGACGAGGAAUCUCAGAUGGUUCAGCUGAUGGAUCAAGAUGACUGGAAACUAUCACAGUCUGGCCGAAGGAAGCAGGACUAUGGGCCCAAAGUGAACUUCAAGAAAAAGAAGCUGAAAGUUGAUGGUUUCAUUGGCUUGCCCAGUUUUAGCCAGGAGAUUGUGCAGCGAAUGAAGGCUCAUUCUGCGCUAGAGGAUUUCUUUCCUGUUGAGCAGUGUAACCUGGACUAUCUACCUGAAAGAGGGUCUGCCAUUGACCCACACUUUGAUGACUGGUGGCUUUGGGGGGAGCGACUGGUUAGCUUAAACUUGCUCUCAAAAACUGUGCUGUCCAUGUCUUGUGAUUCGGAGGACAGUCUCCAGUUAUUUGCCACACUCAGUCAAGGAAGAGGGGAAUCAAAUCACUCUGCCUCACCUCAAGCUUGUCAGACCCAUAAACCAAACAACCAUACUCCCACAUCAGCAUGUGAAAAUUUAGACAGUUGGGAGAUUGACCACUCUUCUCCCCCAAGACUUAUUCCAUACAAAGAAGUUACUGUAGACAUUCUCUUACCUAGGAGAUCCCUGAUUGUGCUGUAUAGAGAUGCACGCUAUAAGUGGAAACAUGCAAUUUACCGCAAGCACAUUGAGCAUCGCCGGAUCUGUGUCACCUUCAGGGAGCUGUCUGCAGAAUUCGCUUUGGGAGGAAAGCAGGAAAAACUGGGUAAAGAGCUCCUCGAAAUUGCCCUGACAUUUCAAGGAAAACCAGUGUGAACAGGGGGAGAAAAUCGGAAUUAUGAGUUGUUUGGAUAUUUGAAAAUUAAAGUUCAGAUUUUUUGCAAUUUAUCACUGUCUUAUUUGGAGAUUGUUUAAGGGCCAUUAUCGGACCAAAUUAUGCAAAAAUACAAAAGCUAGAUCUCAUGGAAAUGUUAUAACAUUGCAGCAGAUUGAAGGUGCUUGCUUGUUUUUAAAAUAAGCCUUCCCUUGCAGUAUCAAAACCCAAAACCAUUGUAGCAUUAGCUGCUGGAUGAGAAUCAGAAACUGGCUAUUGUACUUUUGUCUUUACUGUAAUGAAAUGCAAAGUAGUAAACAAACCACUUUAAAAUAAUCACUUGAAGCUAAGGUGUAAACCAGGAAGGAAACUUGGUUUGUAAGUGACUUGCAAUUUGACAGUCUGUAUAGUCUAAACAUUAUUGUAAAUUGAUCUAUGUUGAUUUUGAUGUUUCAAAUUACGGCAAGCAGAAAAGGGUCUUGUUCUUUAAGCUUUUUGGAUCAUCUUACUGCCUUGACUUUUCUUUGGGGCUCUAUUUUAAGAAUCCAGGUGCUCUGCCUAAACUAAUAGUGAAUGGAAAAUAAAUGUCCCUUCCUAUGGGGCAGAAUGUUUCACACUGUCAUUCUAGGAACCAGUCACUAACCUUUUGGUUCAAAUUCAGUCCAAGCAAUGGAGCAGAUUCCAAACUUUACCUGUCAAGGCACAGUUCUGAGACACUGCUUUUAGAGCUGCACUGUUCCUUAGGGACAUAACGAUCUUCUUGUUUGCAUCAGCUAGUUCCUUUAAAGGCCAGCGCUCCAGGGGAGGAGCAUAAGUAUCUACCCAUAGAUAAUACAAUAUGCAGAGAACUAAUUAAAGUAAUUUUCCCUUUACUGAAAAUAUUAACGGUCAUUGUGAGAAUUAAUCAUAUAUAAGUGUAUGACCUACAUCAUCUGGGAUUUCAGAGCGACGGAGCAACAUUUGCAGUGGGCUGUUUUCAAAGACAAUGCAGACAUCUUCAGUAUCUGAACUCUGUCUAAGUAGGUUGUGUUCUUUUCUGAGCAUAUGUAAUCUCUGACCUGCCAUUAAUUCACAGUAAUAAAAGUAUGUUUUUAAGAAUAAGCAAAGAGGCAGACUACAGCAUGAAUCCUUUCCUGUAACUUCCAACAGAAAGGCUCAGGUUUGUGUCACUCCAUGUAGGAGAUUUGAGAAGUCAGCUGUGGCAGAAGCUAGUUUCUUCAUGUUGUAAGUCUUAGGCUUCAGCCACUUGUAUUAAAAAAAAAUUACUCACUACAAACAAUUGACACAAAUAGAAAAAGCAUUUGAGUUAUCUGAUAUUUUAAUCACAUUGAGUUUUACAUACACAAACACAGGUCUGUUCAUAGUUGCAGACAAAAUGAACCAGUUUCAGUUUAGUCAAAUACUUACAUGCAAAUGCACAAACAGCAACAUAUUAAUUCUUACAUUGAUUAGCAAGUAUUAAAUGUACAUCGUGUCACACCCGUGACUCCCGCAUAAGCUUCGAAACCAUGAGCUGCUAUUCAGAUUUGCUGACAGCAAAGCGUUUGCUUCACACAGUUAAAGCAUUCCCUCGCUCUGCAGGAAACAAUAUACUGUGAUUGCAGGGAAGAUCUGUCACAGCAGGACAAUUUUUUGUGCCCGCUACUACUGUAAAAAUGCAACGUGCAUGAGACUUGUUCACUACAGCCACAUGUCUAUUUAAAAAAAAAAAAGCAUCCCCUCUCCCAUAGGCUACAAGCUUUUUGGUCCAAUCAGAAAGCAGGAUUGUGUGUAACUUGUGCUCUUAAGCUAAAGGACCCCCCCCCCCAACUUUUUCUGGUAAAUGUACCAGUUCAUUCUAACCUCUUUUGUACUGCUAGCACCUACGUCCUAUAACUCAGUUGCAUAGCAUGCUCUAUCGCAAGAUGAGUCUUGGAGUGCUCGCAACUCCAUCUCAAUUCAGUGCACGUCCAAUUGACUGUAAGGAAGGCAGUGGCAGAAUCCUGGAGCGUGGUACAAUGGUUCAGUGAGUUAGGAAGCCUUGAGUACCACAGUUGUAUAUGUAACAAUACUUUGGAACCAUGGUCCUAAAUCAUCCUGUUUGCUGUUAGCUUACUAAGCGACAGUAGACAGAGUAUUUAAAUUAGUGUUUGGUCCUUAUAUUUCAGUGAUUAAACAUUCUUCAUUUAACUUACGCUCUGUGCUCUCACUCCACUGCUAAAAUACUAGAUAUGCUGGUUGUUUUAAUCUCAAGGUACCAGAUCGUUUCAUGGGGAACAGAACUCCAUAACAAGAAGAUCAAUUGUAGUGCAUACUUUGGCUCACGCUGUACUAUGUGUUUAUUGGCUGUGUUUUCAGCCCUGUACAAUCUAAAUGAAGACAGGCCCUGCUCCGAGGAAAACAGACUAGAGAGACUCAGAAUGAACUAAUCUUUAAAAAAUGUAUGCUGUUCUAUUCUGAACUAUAAACUAAAGGGUUUUAUACUAUGUAUUUUAGAGAGGCUGAAGUUUAAUUUGGUCACUGCUUCUUGCUGCAUCUUAGUGCAUACUUUUCCUAGGUAAACAUUGACAUGAGCACCUGUUUAAGGAGCUCCUGAAUGCAAUACUUGUAAACCUGGCAUUUCAUGCUGCUAUGGCAUCGGUAACACACAUGGUGGCUCUGUUUUGAUUUGUGAAAAGCAUAUGCACGUUCUCUCCUGAAAAGGCAGAAUGGCAGCAUUGUAAAGACAUUAAUAGUUGUUCUGGAUUAUCAAAUAUUGUGGAUAUCUGUGGAAAAUAUAAAGAGGUUUUUAAUCUGUAACUAGUAGCUGCUAAGAAGAGUUUGGGGCUUCUUUGCUAAUGCAGUUAAUGUAACACAUUUAAACUAUUAAAGUUCAAUGCAACAGUCA